AUGAUUGCAGUUGAUACAGAGUUGCUCGAAGCUUCGACGUCCAACUCGACCCUCGACUUUGGGGGUCUGCCAGCUUUUCCUGAUGACGAUGACAAUUUUGACGAGGCCGAUGUCCAAGUAAGUCAUGGACAGCAGGGUCGAGCAUUCCCCACCUUCAUUGACAAGUACCAAUACAUGCCCGAAGCCCUCGUCCAAGUCGACUACAUUGCCUCGACGGUCUACAGUAUCCGACUCAAUGACCUCGCAUCUUCAAUGGGAGAGAUUGUGUUCGGUGGUGUCAACACUGAAAAUGAAGUAGAGAAUCGAGGGAUAUUGAUAUGA